AUGCGGGGUCAGGAGGAUAGUACAGGAGAGAAGGUAAAUUUGGAAGAAGAGUCGGGAUCGCGACCCGACCCUGUAGCUCCGACUGCCCCUCCUCCCUCAUUCCGCCUCUAUGAGAAAGUUGCUCUAGACGAAGAGCUAGGUCCUCAGGAUGAGGAAGAUUUAGAUAAAAAAGUAGCUAGAUAUCAUAACCCUAAUUUUGAUAAUCCUCAGUUGUUUCUAGCUCAGGAAAAUUUAAAACAAGAUUCACCAAAAAUUGAAAGUAACCUAGAACAGCCUAAAACUGAAAGCAAAUCCCCUCGGCCUCCAUCACCGUCUGCUUAUGUUCCUUUAGCAGCUCAGGUGAGAGAAAUGAAACGAAAAAUGGCUGAGAUGGGAAUCUGGAAUGAGGAUAUGUUAGAUAAACCCUCAUGCAGAGGAUUAGAGGGAGCUGUCGUUGCCCCAGUGGUUGUGCCUGCUGGGCAGAAAUGGAAAAGACAGCCGAGGCUCCAGACCUCGAUUCAGCAAGCAUAUUUACAGGGAGAGGAUGUAUCAGGAUUUAUGGCAUAUCCAGUUCUUGAGCGGCCUGACGGCCAGGGCGGAGUCGUUAGAGAUCACGCUCCAAUGCCUUUCAAGCAGCUAAAAGAGAUAAAAACUGCUUGCGCCCAAUAUGGGCCUACAGCUCCUUUCACUUUGACAUUAAUUGAUACUUUGUCCACGGAGUCCAUGGCUCCUGCAGAAUGGAAACAGCUGUCAAGAGCAUGCUUGUCAGGAGGGGAUUUUCUGCUCUGGAGAUCAGAUUUUUCAGAGUUAUGCCAAAUUACAGCAGAUAUAAAUAGAGGUCAGAACAUCCCUAUAGAUUAUGAUAUGCUGACAGGUGAAGGUCCUUACCGCGAGUUGAAUGACCAAUUAAAUUUUAAUCCUGCUGCAUAUGUGCAAACUAGCGCAGCUGCCCGGAGAGCAUGGGCUAAAAUCCCUGGCAAUGGAGGAAGGCAGACAGAGGACCUGGCAAAAAUCAGACAGGGCCCAGAUGAGCUGUAUCAGGAUUUUGUAGCACGAUUGAUCCAAUCUGCAAGUAGAUUGAUGGGAGGAGAGAACCAGGCAGGAAUGAUGUUGGUCAAACAACUCGCGUUUGAAAAUGCCAACGCGGCAUGUCAGGCAGCCCUUAGACCAUUUAGAAAGAAGGCUAAUCUUAAUGAUUAUAUCAGGCUAUGUUCAGAUAUUGGACCAUUUUAUACUCAAGGCUUGGCUAUAGCUGCCGCUAUGCAAGGGAAAACAAUUAAGGAAGUUUUGUUCCAACGGCAAAGGCGGGGAAAAGCCCGAGUUGCGGGACCCCCUGGAAGCUGUUUUGAAUGUGGACAAAUGGGUCAUCAACUUAAACAAUGUCCUAAAAGACAAGCUGAGGUUUCUCAGCAGGGACAGCAACCUGGCCUCUGUCCUAGAUGUAAGCGAGGAAAACAUUGGGCCAGUGAAUGCAAAUCUAAACGAGAUGCCUCAGGAAAUUCCCUCAUGCAGGGAAACUGGAAGAGGGGCCAGCCCCAGGCCCCGAAACAAUGUUAUGGGGCACUCCUGAACUUUGUCCCCGAGCAGGGGAUAAAAACGGGAAAUCCAUUCAAGACCUUGUUAGAGCAACCCCAGGCAGCGCAGGACUGGACCUCAGUUCCUCCGCCUACACAGUACUAA